AUGAAUACAGCAAGUGUUGUAACAGACCAUCGUCGAAAUAAAUUCACAUAUUUGAUGGAUAAGAUGGAGGAGAGCAUAAGGAAGGAAACAUAUCUUAGUAUGACUUAUUCUCAGCAAAGUAAAUACAUGCCGCCGUACUAUUGUCCAAAAAACUUUGAGAAUUUCUAUAGAGUCGAAUGCAGGCUCAGGGCAACCACGAAUAAGAAUACUUUUGACGAAAAUUUUCAAGAUUUACCAAUACUAAGUUUUGACGGAAGUACUUGUGGCCUAGCAAAACCGAACAAUGCUGACAUGUACUUGUUUCCUCGAGCGAUAUACAAUGAUCCGUUCAAACGUGGCAACAAUAUCUUGGUUAUGUGCGACACCUACAACUAUAAGUUGGAACCCACACGAUCUAACCAUCGAUAUAAAUGCGCAGCCACGUACAAUAAAUGCAAGGAACAAGAGCCCUGGUUCGGCAUGGAGCAGUACUUUUACCUGAUGAACCCAACCGAUUUAAGACCUGUAGGGUGGCCAAAAGGUGGUUAUCCUCAGAGUUCACCACUUUAUUAUUGCGGCACAGGUGGCGAUAAAAUUUUCGGUCGAGAACUUAUCGAUGCUCAUUCCAGGUGUUGUCUAUACGCUGGUAUUCCUAUGUGGAGUACCAAUCCAGAAGUAGUGCCAUCACAGUGGCAGUAUCGGGUCGGUCCUUCGGUUGGAAUAAAUGCUGGAGACGACGCCUGGAUGGCUCGCUUCAUUUUGAAAAUUCUCGCUGAGCAAUUCGGAGUUUCGAUCUCCUUCGAUCCUAAACCGGUAGCGGAGUGGUCUACAUCUGCGGCCGGAGUAAACUUUUCCACUUUAGCUACACGUGGAGAAAAUGGUAUUUCGGUAAUUCAGAAAGGAAUAAAAAAGUUAGCUGCCUCACAUGAAAGGCACAUUAAGGUGUAUGAUGCCCACGGUGAACUAGACAACAAGACACCCUUAUCUGGCGAAACGAUGACUGAAAAAUUCUCUGCAGGAAUUGCAGACCGUUCCUGUAGCAUUAGGAUACCGCGUAUUGUAGCUGAAAACAAAUGCGGUUUUCUAGAGGAUCGGCGACCUGCUUCAAAUUCUGAUCCUUAUCAAGUGAUUGACGCUCUAAUGCGCACGGUUAUACUCAAUGAAUAA